AUGAAUGCAUAUUUCAACACACACAAAUACACACAUUUUAACUAUUCUUAUCUCUCGGAAAUGGAUGUCGCCGGAGGGGGAGAAGGAGGCGAGGAAAAUGCAAUGAUCAGAAGCAACAAAGAACUCAUCGAUGGAGCUCAAAUUCAGGCAAUGGCAGACAUUAUGGUUUUAGACAAUGCUACUAGUGACACCAACAUCCAUGAUGUCCACGGCGGAAUCAAUAUCGGCUCUAGUUAUUCGACAUCAGGACACAGGCCGAUACCGCCAUUUUUGCUGAAGAUAUUCGACAUGCUCUGCAAUGAAGAAACUAACUCUUUGGUUUCCUGGAGUUCUACAGGCACGAGCUUUGUCAUCAAGAACCCUCACUCAUUUGCAGCCAAUGUUCUUCCCAUGUACUUCAGACACAACAACUUCCAAAGCUUCAUUACCCAACUCAACUCCUAUGGGUUCAGGAAAAUCAGCUGGGAGCAAUGGGAGUACAGGAACGAUUACUUCAGGAAAGGGGAGAGGCAUUUGCUCAGAAACAUAAAGAGAAGGACACACAUUCAGCAACAGCAGCAGCAUACUGAAUCCGCCAUGGAACCUUCCUUCGACAACGAAUCCCAGUUCUUGAUGAAGGAGCAGAGUCUGCUAAUGUCUGAGAUCGCCAAGCUGAGAGAGAAGCAGCGUAUGCUCGAAGAAAAGCUCGCCGAACUGAAAUACCAAGUGGCCGGCAACGAGAGGGACCGGAGCAUUACGAUGCAGAGAAUUCUCUGCAACCUGCGCGAUCUUAGUAAACCGGAUGAUGACAGCAGGGAGAGGGAGACGCCAUUGAAGAAGGGGAAGAGGAAACUGGAGGACAACACGGCCGUGUUGACGUCUCCUCCCCCUCCUCCUCCUCCUCCUCCUGGUGAUGGUGAUGGUUCUUCCAGUGGCGUCUUCAAGGUCGAUAAUGGCGUUGAGUCCAACUGCGAGAUUGUGCUGGAAGAGGACAUGGGAAAGCAUCAUCCUGCCUGCACCUACAUUUCCUUGGAAGAUUUGAUCGCAGAAUCCUCGUCGGAUUGCGUCGAUUACAUCAGGGACUUGCAGGAGAAAUCAAAGCCAUCUCAAAUCUUUACUUUGGACUGAAUUAAUGGAUGUUAGUUUGCUUAUUUUACUUCAAAUUAAUGUAGUUGUUAAUCGUAACCAAGAGUUUUGAGUUUUGCAUGUUCAAGAAAUACUUAUUUCCGGAGAUGGCGUGGGCCCAUUUUGGGUGGACACGUGGCGGUGCCCUAGACUGGGUUUGGUGGGGGUAGGGUUAGGAUUAGGAAGCGGACAAAAGAGCGGAAAUGGAUAAGAGAAAAAGGAGACAUGAAGAAAAGGAAGAGAUGAUUGCAUUUGCAGGUAACAUGGGGCUUCUCGAAAGAUGGGGAGACAAACAAUCUCAUUUCAAUCAAUCAAUUUUAUGGCCCAUUUUUAAUUUUAAUUUUAAACUUUUUUUUU